AUGAAUUCCUCCUUGGAUUCGCCCCCCAGUGGCAAUCUUAAGCGUAUCCGGCAGGCAUGUGCCAACUGCCGCCGGAGGAAGACCAAGUGCUCCGGGGAGCGUCCGAUUUGCUUCCACUGUUGCCGCAAUAAUCAUGCCUGCGUCUACGAGCCUUACUCGGCCACCGUUGGCGAUCACAACCCCUAUCCCUCGACUCUCCAGAAUGCGGAGCUGUUGCAGAGGAUUACAUUAAUUGAGUCGCGAUUGGCAGAGCUGAGUGGCCGGACCGUGCACCAGACCGGCUACUUUCAAGAGGUCUCCUUCCGACAGAGAUUCGAAUGUGACUCACUGCCACGAUGCUUGAUUCUGUCGGUGCUCGCAUCUGCAGUCCGGUUUUGCGACCAUGAGUUUUAUGCGGGGAGAACGCUCGAGGCGUCAGAAAUCUAUGCCAGGGAGGCAUGGCUCGCAGUACUCGCGGAUGAUUUGACGACGGAAGACAACAUGAGCCUGCAUGUAGUGCAGGCCGCGAAUAUGCUGGCCGUAGUCGAUUACACAGCCGGCCGGGUCAAUUCAGGUUGGCUUAAGAUUGGUCUUGCUGCCCGGAUCUCCCAGGCUCUUCAUCUCAUGCGGGAAUCCGAUCACUGGCUGCCAUUGCUCGUCUCCUCUGGACGAUCCCGACCGUUGGUGAUCCUGGACCAAGACUGUCAGGUGCAGCUCCCGUGUGAGGAGGAAGCAUUUUGCGCUGGAGAGGAGAAGGAAACACAUACCCUUCAUCAGCUAUGCAAUUGGAACACCGAGUUGGCGGAAAACCCUAGCCCGUUUGCCCUAGUGAUUCUACUGGCCUCAAUCUUCGGGUGCUGUGCAAGGUAUGUCCAUGGGCACCAACCCACCGACGACAUGCCGCCAUGGGAUACGAGGUCCGAGUUUUCCUCCACCAUAUCAUCUCUCCUGCUGUUCGAAUCAUAUUCGAAGGUAGCGGAUCAAUCGAUUUGGGAUUCUAUCGACCGUAAGGGGCUGGGCCACCGGAUUUUCGCCCAGACACUCUUUCAUUUGUGCCAUUGUCUGUUGAACCAUCCAUUUCUCUUGCACCUGCGCUUGAAGCCGUUUGGGUGCAAAGCACCGCGGAGCUUUGCUGCACGAGCUCUUCAAAUGGGAGUGGAUCAUGCCGUGUCGCUGGUGGGUCUCCUGCGCGAUGCGUUUGAAGCGGGCUGCUUGGUCGAAUCCUCAUUUUAUGCGUACUGUUUUUCUAUUGCCACGGGGAUCUUCUCCGUCGCGUCGCAUGCGGCGCCCGACGGCGUGGCGUACCGCCCGUCUGAGAUGUUGUGCCAUGUUCAUAUCGGUCUCGAGGCUCUGGAGCGAUUAGCCCACCUCUGGGUCCACGCAGCCAACAUGUCCGUCCGACUUCGUGAAUUUCAUGCCCAAUCCCAUUGCCUCACCACCCUCCUCGACCCCGCUUGCCUGGCAGAUGAUCUGGAUCCUGCUUCAGAGGACAUGCUCUGGUCUAUGAUUGACUAUGCCCUUCUCGGGGAAGAUCCACGGAAGACCUCACAGGCGAUGGGGUCGGAGAUCCCCAUUCUACCAUCCCCGACAUCUUGGGCCCUGGACGCAGAAAUACUUGCCCCCGUGUCCAGCAUAGUGGACGCUAGCCACGGGAAUCUAUUCAGCGCCAUGACGCCUACCCUGCGGUUGAACGAGGUUGAAUACUUUCUCAAUUGUAGUUCUCCCAACAAUGGCGUUCUUUGA